GUGAGGGGCCGGGGAGGGUCCGGCUGGGGCGGCCGAGGGUUUGCGCGGACAUUCCCGCCCGACCCUCCGGCCGCCGGGCGCGGCGCGGGCCGGGGAGUGGCGGCGGAGCCCCGGUGGGGGCUGCGGGGUAACUUCAAGCCUGUUGAAGUGCAGAAACGUCCCCGGCGGGCGCUUCGCCGGCUGCCGGGGAAGGUAUUCUCAGACAAGUUCAGGUUUAACCAGAGAGCCAUGGCAGAAGGUGGAUUUGAUCCCUGUGAAUGCAUUUGCUCACAUGAACAUGCAAUGAGAAGACUGAUUAAUCUGCUGAGACAAUCCCAGUCGUACUGCACAGACACAGAAUGCCUUCAGGAAUUGCCAGGACCAAACUCCUCCAGUGACAAUGGCAUCAGCUUUGCCAUGAUAAUGAUGGCCUGGGUGGUGAUUGCACUCGUCUUGUUCUUACUGAGACCUAGUAAUCUAAGAGGAUCAAACACAGUUGGAAAGCCAACCAGCCAACAUAAUGGACAAGAACCACCAGCCCCACCAGUGGACUAGAGCAUUCAGUAUUGGAAAAGCUCAGCAGCUAAAACCUUGCACGACCAAAUGAACGAAGUGACCAGAUUACUCCUAACCCCCACUCAAUACGGUUUUCUUGUCUCAUUUAUGUAGAGCAGAGUUAUCACUCAGCAGUAAUCUUCAUGAACUGCUUUUAGCAACUUCAAUUUUAAGUUAAUUUUUUGCUUUUUAUGUUACUACAAUUCCUAUAAGAUUGUAAUUUGAAUAAUGGUAAGGCAUUGCAGGGGUUUUUUGGUUGUUACUGUUAUUGUGGACAUUCCACUUAAUCUCUUUCUGUUACAGUGAUCCUAAUUUCUUUGAUGUGAUUUCUGAUAUGCAUUGAAAGAAAAAGAAAAUCCCAGUCCACCUAUAAGAAUGGAAGGUUACUGACCUUUCUUCAGAUUAAUUCAUAUUUCUUCUUUAGUAUGCUUUUGAGAGUUAUAUUAUGGUUGGAAGUACUUAGUUCUCUGCUGAAAAAUAGAAAUUGUUUUAUAUUUGCCCUGGUUUCAGAGCAGCUUUUAUUCUGGUCUUUGGACCACUAACACAGUUUUCAGGGUUGCUGGCAAAAGCAUGGAUCAUCCACUAGAAUUAUACCGUGUGUGUGCAUGCACACGUAAGUGAACGUGACCAUUGCCACUGUCAAAGCUUUGAUCUAUAUAUUGGGAACUUUACACAAAAGAUUAUACCACCAAAAAAAAAAAAUCAGGCAUUUUCAUUAAUAAAUUGUAUGUCUUAUUCAAUAUGUUGUGAAAAAACAUACUCGAAACCAAGGUGUGUUUACUUACAGACUUUAUCAAAAGAGAAAUUUAGUAAGAAGAACUUGGUAGAAUUUUCUGUCCUGGCAUAAUCUUUUCAUAAUUGGUACCUUAACAAAAUUUUAGCCAUGAUGUAAUAGAUAUUGGACAGGAUGAAAUCCUACCAAGAAGUUACCACAGUUACCAACUUUUGGUAUACAACAUGUACUGGAUUAUUCAGGUUUUUUCACCUGUAUGUUAUCAGCAAUUCUUAACAUUUCAUCCUUAUCUACUAGUUGUAAUUGUAGAAUAACAAACUGGCAGGUGACUACAUAUGGCAUGUCUCUUCCCUCUAAUAAAUGUGUGUAUGUGUGGUAUGUUUAAGUGUGUGUAUGUGUGGCUGUGCACGCACCUGUGCACAUCUCCCAUUAUGGCAAAUGGGAAUGACUUUUUUAUGUACAUUAAUUUAAGAACAUUUUAAAGAUGUACAGAAAAGCAACACUGUAUAUUUUUCUUGUUCAAUUUGAAAAAGUGAUCAGAAUAAUGUAAAGAACAUUUUUAUGUUACCAACAUGGAACUUCUUUCCUUAAAGGUCAGUAGAACAGACAUAUGGGAAUUCUAAGCCUUACUCUACAAACCUUUAUUUCAUGAGGACUUUAGUUAUGGAGCUGAAGGAAUUAACUGUUAAAUUUCAAAAAGGUUUGUAUUAAGGGGCUCUAACAAAAAUCUCACAACAGAUCCCAUCGUUGACAGAUGCAGGGUUUUGCUCUUCAGGGGAAAGGGUGAGCUGAGCCUCCUUGUAAAAGUACAGUGCAGACCUGAAGGAGGGCUUCUGUAAUUUGAUGUAAUUGACCUUUGAAUUUCUAUGGAAUACUGUGCUCCCAAGCAUAGGAGCUUAUUUUAAAAAAGAAAAAAGAAGAAGAUUGGGCCAGGUGCUCUCAGUGACAUCAGUGCAGUGCCAUGUAAAGCAAUGAAACUGCAGGAGAGAGGCUGAGAGAAUUUGUCCCAUUAUGUCUAAUAAUGUAGAGGCCACAAACACUGUGUAAAGAUGUCACUGGGACAAGCACUCUGCCAGUGCUUACUUUUUGCUUUCCAUGUACAUUUAUGUUUGGGAUGCUGUUCAGAACAAGUAAUACAGCAUGAUUUUGUUGAACCCACAAGGAAAUGUAUAUAAUCUCCCAUACUGACCUUUUUUCUCCAAGGAUUUUUGGCCAGAAUUCUUCACUAUUGGAGGCAUAAAACAAGCUUCCAAUUGAUUAAAAAGCCAACUGAAACAGGCUUCUAUUCAGAGCACUACUCCUUAUGCUACUGGGAGUUGGUGAGAUUUACAGGAGAUACUCCUCACUUGUGAGGAUCAGUCUCACUUAAAUGUCUGUUUAUGUAUUUAUAAAACUUACCACGUGCACCCAGCUCUAAGAGUCUUGGCAAAUGAACUUUUUGUUCAGAGGAAUGUUGUGGUUUACCUUUAAAUUAAAUGUCUUUGCUUAAAAUUCCUCUAAUUGUCCCAGUGAUUUUAUACAUGUAUGCUUUUCUCAUGUAAAUUGCUAUUUUAAAUUUUCUAUGUAAAAGAAAAAAAGCAUUGGAAAUAUUUUAUUGUAAAAUGUUUUACUAAAGAGCCAGGCCACUAUCCCACAUCAAAACGCCUUUUAAAUUCAGAUACUGUCUCCAAGAUAUAAAAUUCAGAUCAGCACUCUUAAUUAAAAUAAAAGUAAGUAACCAUAGGACUGUAUUUUGCCACUCUUAUUUGUGUUAAAUAGUGCCUUACUCAUCAAGUAGUUGCACUGAAGUUUGUGCAACUACUCUGAGAUAAUGUACUAGUAGCAGCUUUAGUAAGGGUGGCAGAAAUCUGGCCUUCAGUGAUGUAAUUUGUGAUUAAAUAAUUGUAUCAUGGUUACAGAUGUUUAUGGUAAAUCUUGGGAAGAGAUUAGUGGUAUGCAAAGCUCCAGGGUAUGAUCAGUUCUGUAAUGAUGGUUUUAAGCUUGGUUAGUCAGAGGUGCAAGUUGUAGCUACUUGGAAAAUAUGGAAGGAAAUUUACAAUUAUACCUUAACUUUGUUAAAACAAUAGUAUUUUUAGAGUCUGCUUAACACAAUUACUAUACUCUGAAAUGAGAAAUCAUAUGUAUUCAUGCACUGUCUGCAGAUCACUUAGCCUUGUAAUAUUAAUGAUUGAAAAAGGAAGAGUGAAGAUGUCAUGUACUUAAUAUAAAUCGGUGGUUUAAAAUAUCUGAAUUAUGCCAAACAAAAAAUCAUCUGUGCCAUUUGCAGUUUCCUAGUAGUCUUUUACUGAGUACUUGGAUUGGGAUAAAGGGCUUGUACUAUGCACUUUUUAUUGACUUAACACAAUAAAUAGCAAUCAUUAGUAAA